CGCCACACAUGCCACUGACACUGGGCUCAACAAAGUGACGGAUCCGCAACCCAGUGGGACGUCACCUCCCUGCACGGGCCCACUCUGUUCCAGCUUCCGUGUGUACACAGUACACCACAGCACACGGGCCUACUCACCCUCGCCUCCGAGGCUUCGAGUCCGAGAGAGCGCUUGAGAAGAAGCUCAGGCGAGGCGAGGCAAGGGAUGCCGUGAUUGACGACGGAAACGAAGCCGAGAGGGAGAAGCGAAGCUAGCCUUGCAUACACCCGGCCCCGUCCCAAUGCCCACCGCUUCCGGCUCGGAUCCCAAACCCUAACCCUACUCGGCCGUCCGCGGGCCCGCCGCCGGCGACGCGAUCGGGUGCCGACGCUGAUGCGCUCUGUGCCGCGUGCGUGAUUCUCUCGCGCAAGUAAGCGUUGGAAAAGGGGCUCCCUGGCUGCAGCGACGCGUGGCCGAGGUGCGGAUCGGGGAGGGGAGGACGGUCGGAGCGAGAUGCCGGGGGACGUCGCGACCUCGCCGGCGCCGGCGCCGCCGUCCGUGUCCUCGUCGUCGCAGAACCACCACCAUCACGGCCCCACGACCGCCCGCGGCCUCCUCUGCCACGCUGUCGCCGGCGCCUCCGCUGGCGUGGUGGCGGCGACCUUCGUGUGCCCGCUCGAUGUCAUCAAGACCAGGUUCCAGGUACACGGAUGGCCCAAGCUUACCACAGGCACAAUUGGAGAUUGCUCAACGGGAAGGUUUUCGGGGCAUGUACCGUGGCCUCUCCCCAACUGUUCUAGCGCUCUUGCCUAACUGGGCGGUCUACUUUACUGUGUAUGAGCAGCUUAAAAGCUUACUUUCUUCCAAUGAUGGAAGUCAUCAACUUUCUUUAGGGGCAAAUGUUGUUGCUGCAUCAUGUGCUGGUGCUGCAACAACUACUGUAACAAAUCCACUUUGGGUUGUUAAGACAAGAUUUCAGACUCAAGGAAUAAGAGCCGGGCCAAUGCCAUAUAAAGGUACACUUGCUGCCUUGCGAAGAAUAGCACAUGAAGAAGGCAUCCGAGGACUAUACAGUGGUCUGGUCCCUGCCUUGGCUGGUAUCAGUCAUGUUGCUAUUCAGUUCCCUGCAUACGAGAAGAUAAAAGCUUAUCUGGCUGAGCGAGAUAAUACUACUGUAGAAGCAUUGAGUUUUGGUGAUGUUGCUGUUGCGUCGUCUCUGGCUAAAGUAGCUGCAUCAACAUUGACAUAUCCUCAUGAGGUUGUUCGGUCAAGGCUGCAAGACCAGCGAGCGCACUCUGAUGCUAGAUACAAGGGUGUAGUAGACUGCAUCAGAAAGGUUUAUCAUAAAGAGGGUGUGGCUGGCUUCUACAGUGGAUGCGCCACAAAUCUAUUGCGGACGACCCCUGCCGCAGUGAUAACAUUCACUAGCUUCGAGAUGAUCCACAGGUUCCUUCUUGAUCUAUUCCCUGCUGAAUCUGAACCGCACAUCCAACCUCUCAAGCAUUGAUCAUACAACAUUUGUACCCUAUCCAUGCUGCCAUUCGAGUUUAGGACCCCAGCAACCAUCCAGCAAUGUUGUUUACUGUGCCAGAUGGCUGUUGUAAAAGAGAGAAUUGUUUUUUUCCCGGAUAUGCAACAGUAAUUCGGAAGUUCAAACAAUAGUGUUGGCUGAGCAUUAGCAACUUGUAUGUAAUAGAUUUGUUAGCAUGCAUUUGCGGGAGGUAUAUUGGGUAUGUUUUCUUGAUGAUGAUGAAAAGAAAACAAUCUUACCACAUAUGAAAGAAUGAUUGCUAUAUUUUUUUCCCA